CCUCCGUAUAAUUCAAUGUGAAGGCAACUGUCAAAUAAUUACUGGAGGCUACCACACGUGAGCAGUCUCCGUGAAGCAGAACGUGGCUCAAGGCAAUUUUUGUUCCUUCUGUUCCGGAGUAACAGUCAACAAUUAUACAUUUGGAAUCACGAGGCAGCGUGUGUUUAGUUUUAUGCGCGAGAGCCUUCAGUCAAAAGAUCUUCUAGAUUGGAACUGGUGCGUUUGCUUUGUACAAUCUCUUCUUAUUACAGGAUGAAAAUGAGAGAAACACAACUCUUAAUGUACAACGGAAUAUUGGCCAUAGCGAGUUGAACGAGCAACAAAGAGGAAAUAGAACACAGACAUUGUUAAUUGUAACUAUAAUCAAAUUUCCAUCCAUCCAUCCAUUAUCUACCGCUUUUCUGUAUGGUGUCGCGGGGGAAUUAGCUUCAGCAGGGAUACCCAGACUUCCCUUUCCCCAGCCAUUUCUUACAGCUCUUCCGGAGUGAUCCCGAGGCGUUCCCAAGUCAGCGUGUCCUGGGUCGUCCUCGGGGUCUCUUUCCGGUGGGACAUGCAAAUUAGAUGCCCCAGCCACCUCAUCUGGGUCCUCUCAACGCGAAGGAGUAGGGGCUCGACACCGAGCUUCUCACCCUAUCUCUAAGGGAGAGCCCGGACACCCUGCGGAGGAAACUAAUUUCAGCCGCUUGUAUCCAGGGAUCUUGUUCUUUCGGUCACGACCCACAGCUCAUGCCCAUAGCGCACUCUGUUGAACUACUGGACCGCCGUGUGGGCGGUGCUGUCUGAAGACGGGCUGGAAUUCUACAAGAAGAAAACAGACCAGUCUCCCAAAGGGAUGAUCCCGCUGAAGGGGGCCACGCUCAUCAGCCCUUGUCAGGACUGCGGCAACAGAACGUUGGUGUUCAAGAUCGUGAUGCACAAGAAGCAGGAGCAUUUCUUCCAAGCGUCGCACGUGGAGGAAAGAGAAUUGUGGGUGAAGGACAUCAAGAGGGCCAUUCAGUGCCUGCAAGGGGGCAAGAGGUUCGCCCGAAGGUCCACCAGACGCUCCAUUCGCCUGACCGAUGCGGUCAACCUGAAUGAGCUGUACACUGAGAUGAGAGACCAGGAUGAAGGUGUGAAAGAGUUGAAACUGGAACGAGAGAAUCGAAUCUUCAACCACUGCUUCACCGGUAACACAGUGGUGGAGUGGCUCAUUUCUAAGGGGAAAGCCAGGAACAGGCCCGAGGCGCUCAUGUUAGCCACGGGGCUCCUGAACGAGGGGUUCUUGCAACCCGCCGGCGAGCUUUCGAAGGAGGGAACGAUGAGCGGGGAGAAGUCCAUCUUCCUGGAUCAGACCGACGCUUUUUACUACUUUGCUGACAGUGGCUUCUUCUGUGAAGGCUACUCCAGUGAUGAGGACACUCUUAUCAAGGAAGAGUUCAGAGGGAAUAUCGUGAAACAAGGAUGCUUGCUGAAACAGGGCCACAAGAGAAAAAACUGGAAAGUGCGGAAAUUCAUUUUGAGGCAUAACCCUGCCUAUAUGCAUUAUUAUGAUCCCACCAAGGGUGACGAUCCCCUGGGUUCCAUCCAUCUGCGAGGUUCUGUGGUCACAGCUGUGGAUUUCGUGCCUGACGCCAAAAGGUACGACGUGGACGGCAACCUCUUUGAGAUCAUCACAUCGGAUGAAACGCAUUACUUCCUGCAGGCGGCCACUGCCGAAGAGAGAAAGGAGUGGAUCGAAGCCGUGCAGGAGGUGUCCAAAACCGGGAAGUAAAAUUGAUCCGCAGUCUCUAGUUAAUGGGUGCACUUGCUCAAGAGCAAGUGAGAAAACAUCAGUAUUUUCACACUUACUCACUAUAGAAGCAUAUGCAACUAAAAAAUGUUAUUCAUUUCAUAUGAAAAUUGUUGUCAUAGGAGCACUUCCGGCCACAUAUUUAGUUUCUUUAACGUUCAUCAAGUUAAAGAUAGUUCCUUGUCAUAUAAACACGUGCAUGCAUUCUCACAGUUCCUGGUUGGAGAUGUGGGAGUUGAGUAACGCUUCAGCAUCUGCUGCUCAGUUUAUAUUUGUCAUUAAAUGGUGCUUGAGCUUCUCUGUAGUAAAUAUAUUUAAUAUUUCCAUGGAAUAAAUCUAUGCUUUGGGGGGGGGGGGGCAAUGUCUGUUUUAGUAAUAACUAAAUUCAGCACGUUUUGAUGAGCUGUAGUCUUGUGUCAAAAUUUGUACUUGUUCAAUUACAAUGAAUGGCAAUGCCGCUCUUAUUAAAAAAGAAAAUCUAUAACCGAAAAUGUGUGCCCUGCGAUUGGCUGGCACCCAGUUCAGGGUGUACCCCGCAUCCUGCCCGUUGACAGCUGGGAUACGCCCGUGUGAGGAUAAGCGGCAAAGAAAAUGGAUGGAUGGAUAACUGGAAAUGUAAUGGUCUACGCUAACCCAAUAUGAAUAACCUCUUAGUUACUAGUUUUUGGUCCAUAACUGAGAAUUGUGCAGACAAGAAGGGCAAUUAUGGACAGUUCAAUAAAUGUGCAAUAAUAAUAUUGUUGUUUUCUGCCCUCAAAGCCUUCUGCGUUUCCCCCUUUUAACACAGGUGGGCGCCACGGUUCCUCUCAAUAAUGUCGAGCAUAGUGGAAUCGUGCUCGUCAUUUUGAAUGGCUCCAUGCAGUCGUGUUUCAAAACCUUUAUUGAGCCAAUUCACAUAUUUUAAACUGGGGGGGAACUAAACACAAAUGGCACACUAUAGACAAACGCCUGAAAAAUUAGAUAUAGUACAGUAUACAGCACUGGAAUAAUGGUGACCAUCGCAAUUCACGCACACACACACACACAAAAUGUGCUUACUCAUUAUAAAAUCUGGCCUGUUAAAUUGAACACAAAGCCAUCGCUCUGUUGUAUGAAAGGAGCAGAUAAAUACACGGGUAAAUUGUACCGUCUGCCAUCUGUUCUCAGACAAUGUGUCGCUUACAUACUGUACAUUACUGGUAGUAAAUAGUUAUGGGACCAAUUCUUAAAUUGCUUAAUAAUUUACUGUAGCUCACCUGAUGACCUCUCAUCAUGAGACAGUGAUUGGGAGUCUUUGAUGUUCAGUUCUGUUUUGUUUUGUCAGGAGGGCUAAUAUGUUGUUAGGCUGCUGUUAUUAUUGAAUUAAUGAACGCAUGAAGCAUCAAAACCUGGGGUCUUCAUAUAUUAUGAAUUUAAAUAUACAACACAAUGGCUCACAAAUGAGUGCUGAUGCCUGCAUAAUUAUACAGGUAUACCAUAUGAUGUCUGUGAACACCCAAUAGAGUUAAAUUAAUGCAACACAAAGGUGUCAUUCCAUCAAUAAUGUAGACCACUAAAAGAGGCGAGCCAGGGGUUGCCAUAGCAAUGAGAACAGCAUUGUUUUCCCAGCAGUCCAGUACGGUACCCUUGUCAAUUGAAAUUGUUAUUUUGUUGGGGGCUCAUAAUGCAUGCAUUUCCACUCUGUCAGGUAAAAAGGAAAAAACUUUGGAGGAGGUGUUUGUAUUGAAUAUAUUUAUUUCGAGUGGAAAGGGUUAAUUACUGUAUAUUCUCUCAGCAUCUUCGGGAGGGAAAAAAAAACAAGACCAGCUUUGUUUAAAUGUCAAGAAUAAUGGCAAAUGCAGAUCUCUUACUAACCACACCAUUAUUUUUUUCCACCUUUUUACAAGCUUGGAUUUUAUAGUUUCCUCUUUACAUUUAAUAAUGUUUUGUGGAUUCAUUUUGGAUAGAUUCUUUUUUUUUAUGACUUAGCUAUGACCUUUGUCAUAUAGCAUCAUCCUGUAUGUUGUACUCUUUAACAGCCAGGUAAUGCAUUCUAUUUUUCCUCAGUUGCUUCAAGAAAUGAUUAUUCAACAAUUAAUUCUACAGCCAAAAGCAUACUUAAUAAUCAAAUGGGCUAAGUUGUUUACAUGCUCACCGCUUAACACAUUUGCACAGGCUUGUGGAACACAUGAAACAGUGUUUUAUAUACACGCAAAAAAAGUGACCGUUUUGGGAGUAUUUUGGAAGAAUACAAACUUCUGAGCAGAGAGGCCACUUGUUGAUUUGAGCGCUAGGCCGUUUAAAUUUGGGAAGGAGGGCGGAUAGGGCACACCCGACAGUAGAACAUCUACGGGCCAUGAGAAGGGAGCCACAACGCCAAGGAUCCAUUCAGCCCCGGGGGGCACCACCAUGCAAUUUAGUGCAAACCCACCUCCUCGCCUGUUACUAUGACCGCCAGAUCCCCGAAUGGCGUCUGGAAGCCUCUUCAAAGGCUCUCUGAGUGUCACACACAUCCCCCAAAAAAUCGAAAUGAAAAUUAAUCCACACAAGGGCUAAUAAAAUUAAACUUCUGUGACCUUCAUGUCCCUCCGUGAUGCCUGCUGGAUGCCUUGUGGAGUCUGGACUGUUGCUGAGCAGCAGCGAAAAGUUCCUAAAUGAAUCCAUUCAAGUCUUUCAAUUUGUAGUGGAGAAGAAGGCAUCUUAAAAUAAUUCUCCCACUGUCAUUUGAAAAAGGUCACACAGCGAGCGACAGAGAAAUCCACGCAGACGUGCUCUCAUACAAAAGUUGGCCUGCGGCUUCCCACAGGAUAAAAAUUGAUUUAACUCUGCUGAAUGUCCUCCACGAGAAGUCGGUUAAUGCAAACAUAGACGGAGAGACAAAUGAAGAUGGCAAUAUCUUCCCAGAAGGAAGAGAAACAAAAACAAGAUCCUCCAAUAGUACCUUUAGAUGAGAUUUGGAAGAAAUAAACUUCAUCUUGCCUCAGUGCAGCUUUGAAUUAGAUCAUAAAAUUUUUAUAAAAUGUUCCCUUUUCUGUCUAUAUUGACCUGUCAUAACUAAUCCAAUAAAUUCGGAAGUCACCGACAAAAAGAGUACAUUACCUGACCUACAAUGCAGUGAGCGAACUUGGAACGCAUUGGAAAAUAUUUUUUUUUACAUUUGCCACAUCUUGGAACCAUUAUCCUUCAAAAACAAUACGUUUCCUGCAUGGUGGAACGGGGAAAGAGAUUUUAAAGGGAAAUUCCAGUGGUUUGCAUGAACAAUGUUUUUUUUGAGAGGAUUUUUAUCGGCAAUUACGAAUUUUCAGGGGCGCUGCCAUUUUCGCGAGUCACAUGACCUACAUGGGCGGAUG